AUGCAACCUCACCACAACCAGUAUCCAAACUAUAAACCUUCUGCCUCAAAUGGCCUCCCCCCGACCCCCACUACUCCUAGAAGAACCCAGGGCAACACGAACUACAAUCCCUAUGCUGGAUACGGAGACCCCAAUACCCCUACCCCUGCUGGAAGAAUGCAGCCCAGGAUGCUUGCUACCAGCCCUCAGACAUAUGCGCAGACUCAGCCAAGCUCAAAUUCCGGGCCAGUAACGCUGUAUGAGCAGAUUAAUAACUUAUCGCCACAUACCUCCGAGCAUGCAUCUACAUUUAUCCAAGUCCCCUAUAUACACCUUCGCUUCGACUACCACCACCAAUACCAGUUGGCUUGCAUCCCCUCCUCUGCUAUGCAGCACUGUGCACCGCCUGCGGGCCACGCGUGGUGUGUCUGUGAACACUGCCUGCGUCGAUCAGGCGGAGAAGGUAGGAUCAUCACCUUCAAGAGCUGGGAUGAACAUAACCCAGGCCAGCGGCGACCUGGUCGACAUCCAUCACCUGGUACCAUCCCUGCAGAUGCUCUCCAUGCGCUCUCUGCAAUGAACGCUUCGCGGUCUCAGUGGCAGCAGAGCCAGUACAGGCAGCCUCAGCCUGCGACAAGCUCUGCAUCUGUACAGGCACCUCCUAGUCGGCAGUCACGGCCACCUGAGCUGCUCGCAAGUUCUCCCCAGACCUCAAGGCAUGCAAUGCCAGCGUCAAGGCACACAACACCAGCAGCUCAUGACGUUGGAGAGCAGCUCGAUGUUCUUCAGGGCGAGCAGGCGUCUUCCGAGGAGCAUGAGGACCCGCUGGGAACACGCCAACAAACUCCAAGAGAGAGCCAGAGUCCUUGUGAGCAGCAGAACGUCUUCAUCUUCGAGGAGCUACGCGAGCAUGAGCAGGAAGAAGAGGACGAGCAGGAAUGGGAGCUGGUGGCACAGGAGGAGUUCGAGGACGAGGGAGAUGUUGAAGGAGGCGGGCUGGAUGACGAUGAACGAGAGGAUGAGACGCAGCAGCAGCAGCAGGCAGACGAGCUGCCAGGCUCUCAGGAUAGCCAGCGCUCAGUCGCCCUUGGUACCACCAACCCCGCCAACGUCUCAAGAACACCGCUUGGCCCACACGUUACCCAGGGCUUUAAUGAAGAGGACGAGGAGGCUGCAGUUGAGAACACAGUUGUUGACGAUGUACGUUCAUCCCAGGACUUUGUCAACCUGCUCCAAGAGGCUCGCAUAGACAACACCACCCACCACAAAAUGUCAACAGCAGCACGCCAGCGCCUUCAAAACCCUCCCCGCACACUCAUCAACCUUGAUGAAGACCGCGACAAACACCUUUCUCUCGAGCUUGGUCUUCGUAACUGGACCGACAGCGACUAUCGUGCCGUCUGCCGUAUACUGGAACGCGAGCUGCCAGGCAUGCAGAUGUACAGCAAAUAUCGCGUCGACAAGGAACUUGAGAGACUCACUGGCAUUGAAGGCAUCGAGGAUGACAUGUGCGUAAACACCUGCCUCGCAUACACAGGUCCGCACAGGGACUUGACCUGCUGUCCAAAAUGCGAUACUCCCCGAUACAACUCACAAAAAUCCACGACACGCAAGAAGGUCCCGCAGCGCAAGUUUGUGACGCUGCCCGUGACGGCGGGGCUCGCACGUCAACCCGACCGGGACGCGCUCAACACCUUUGACGACUACAUCAAGGGCAAGCGCUACCUUCAGGCUGUUGUCGACAAGAAGAUCAAACCCGAGGACUCGGUGUUGAUGUUCUCCAUCGAUGGGGCCCAGCUGUACGAAUCCAAGCAGUCAGACUGCUGGAUCUACAUCUGGGUUCUCAUGGAUCUUGCCCCAAACCAACGCUACAAGAAAAGGUUCGUCCUUCCCGGUGCUGUCAUCCCAGGCCCGAACAAACCCAAGGAUCUAGACUCCUUUCUCUUUCCGGGCCUCUACCAUCUCUCGGCCAUCCAGCACGAGGGCCUCAAGGUAUUCGACGGCGGCUUACAGACCAUCAGGGAUGACCACCCCUUCCUCUUUGUCGAGACGGCUGACGGCCCUGGUAUGGCUCUCAUGACAGCCCUUGUCGGCUACCAUGGCCGACUUGGCUGUCGUCUCUACUGUGGUUUUCCAGGCCGGCAUAUCCCUCGUAAACCCCACUACUAUCCCGCACUCCAGCUACCGUUCAACUACAAUCAAAAUGGCUGUGAUCAUGCGACUUGUCAGCCUCACGAUCUCCCGCAUGCUGGUGCAGACGACUACAUGAGCAACCUCGCUCGUGUUGUCAAUGCCCCAACGCUCUCAGGCUACCGCAAUGCACGCAAGCAAACGGGCAUCUCACGCCCCACAAUCUUUCUCGGCAUCUCAACAUCACAUACGUUCCCUGUCCCCCAUGCAUUCGGCUCUGACAUCAUGCAUGUCACUGCCAUCAACGUUGGCGAUGAGCUCAUUCCGCUUUGGCGUGGCAAGUUCUAUCAUGAUGAACACGAUCAUGAACCCUGGGCCUGGACUCAGCUAAAGUCAACAAGGGUCUGGAACGCACAUGGCCAGCUCGUACAGGAUCUCGCUACCCACCUUCCUGGCUCAUUUGAUCGCCCCCCACGCAAUCCCGCCCUCAAAAUCAAUAGCGGAUAUAAGGCAUGGGAAUGGUUGCUGUACUUGUAUGGUAUGGCACCUGCCCUACUCUUUGGUGUUCUUCGAGACGAGUACUGGGCAAACUUCUGCCAGCUCGUACGCGGUGUCCGGCUCCUGCAGCAACACUCAAUCUCCCUCGAGCAGGUUCAAGAGGCCGGCCAACGUCUCAAUUCCUUCGCCUAUGACUUUGAGACCCUCUACGUGCAGCAAAAUCCUUAUCGGCUUCACAUGGUCCGCUCCUGGUUCCACGCCCUCCUCCACAUGCCUCGCGAGACCAUCCAAAAGGGUCCACCCGUCAGCUCAUCGCAGUGGACCAUGGAGCGCACAAUCAGCGAUCUCGGCCGCGAGCUCCGGUCUGACACGUUCCCCUAUGCCAACCUAGCCAACCGAGCCAAACGACGGGCACAGGCAAACUGCCUUGCAGCCAUGUUCCCAGUCCAACUCGAAGGCUACAUUCUCCUUGGUCGGCGUGACAACAUCAAGCGACCCAUCACAGGCCCCGAAGUUGACGCCCUCACCACUGCUCUCGCCGAGCACAGUGUCACACUCACUGUCAACCCACAGCUCCAGCGUUGGGCUCGUCUUCGACUGCCAAAUGACCAAAUCGCUCGCUCAGCCUGGAAGGAGAAUAGGAUGUCAGGGAAUCUUCGACGUGCACGCAAUGUCAUGAUACAGCUUCCCAACGAAGCAGAGCCCUCCUACGCGGAGGUGCAAUAUUACUUCCGGCUCAGUGUGAACAACCAGCCGAAAACCUUUGCAAUGGUAUACAUGUAUGGCUCCCCUGACCCAGACCUUCGGCGACGAUCAUGGGAGACUGUCCAUGCAUGUGAGUAUCUUGGACCCAAUGACGUUCGCGUCAUUGAUGGCUGGCUGUAG